ACGCAAUACUUGAAACUUUGACUGGAAAUUGGAAUCCAUGGAACACGCUUCAACCACAAAGCCGAGGACAACGACCGUCAGCGAUCGGUCAAAGCCUUGUCUCUAUUUUUAAUUUAUGUAUCAUAAACUUUUCUUCUCAUCCAGAAAUCAAUCCUAUUGCCGUGAUGAUUGCUUUCGUUGCGCUACUGGUUUCGACUUUGAUUAUAGCUCCAGCAAGUGCGCAGCUCAUCGGAGUUUGCUAUGGCAUGCAAGCUGCCAACCUCCCCUCGCCAGCCGAGGUCGUAAACCUCUAUAGGUCCAACAACAUCUACAGGAUGAGACUGUACGGCCCUGACCAAGCCGUCCUGCAAGCCCUCGCCAAUUCCGGCAUUCGACUCCUCAUGGACGUCCCGAUGACAGAGCUGCAAUCCCUGGCCACCAGUUCCUCGGCCGCCAUGGAUUGGGUCCUGAGCAACGUGGCCGCCCACUGGCCUAGCGUCACCUUCCGCUACAUCGCCGUUGGAAACGAGGCGGUCCCGGGUGAUCUUGCUCAGCACGUCCUCCCAGCCAUGCGCAACGUCCACAGUGCUCUAGUUACGGCCGGCCUUGCCAGCCAUGUCAAAGUCUCCACCUCGGUGGGCGCCGAGGUCCUCGAAUCCUCCUUCCCGCCCUCCGCCGGCGCGUUCUCUACAGACGCGAGUACAUUCUUGAGCCCGAUAGCUGCGUUCUUGGCCAACACGAGUUCCCCGCUCCUGGUUAACGCUUACCCUUACUUCGUAUACGCCGACAACUACGCCCAGGUGUCACUUUCCUACGCUUUGAUGAACGAAACCGGCACAGUCGUACAGGACGGUGAAUUCGCGUACACGAACCUCUUUGACGCGAUGAUCGACAGCGUCCACGCGGCUUUGAAGAGGGAAGGCGUGCAGCAGCUGGCUGUGGUGGUGUCGGAGUCUGGAUGGCCGACGGCAGGAGGAUACGGAGCCAGCGUGCUUAAUGCGCAGACGUAUAUCAAGAAUCUGAUCAGGCACGUCGGAAGAGGAACGCCGACCAGCCCGGGCAAGCUCGAGGCGUAUAUUAAUGGGAUGUUCGACGAGAACCUCAAGUCUCCGGAAGUGGAAAGAAACUUCGGCUUAUUCAAGCCAAAUAUGGAACCAAUUUACCCGCUCAAUUUCGUAGGCGAUAGGCCAGAAUUUGAUGGGCAAUCAGAAUCCAUUUUCAGUGGAAACAUUCGGCUUAUCGUGAGCCUACAUGUUCCAUCUUGAUUAUACAAGUUGUACUAUCUAACCAUGAAGCAAUGCUCUGAAAUUGCAAGCAAAAUAUGAAAAAUAAACAAAUAAGACAGUUCAUAAUAGCGC